AAUAAUUAAAUGUAUGAUUGAUAUUAAAUUGUAUGUAUAGGUUGUAUAUUGAAAUUGUUGAAAGUUUUUUAAUUAAAAUUUAUAUGAAUUGUUUAAGAAUUAAAUUAUACGUAUAUAUUGAAUUUUGAAAAUUGUAAUAUGUUAGGAUUUAAAUUAUUGAAAUUGUGAUUGUUAUAGAGGGAUUUAAAUGUAUUGAAAGUGUUGAAUUGAUGAAAUUGAGAAUUUGUUGAAAUAAUCUAAAUACUGGAAAUUUUUAUUGAUUAUUGUUAUGGUUAUCCUGCAGUUAUGGUAGCAUAUAGUUUAUUAUUUGUGAUUAUGAUUUGUUUGCUAGAAGUAAGGUAGCGUUUAUUUAGUUAUACUAUGGUAGCCUUUAUUGUUUUAUAAUUUGUUCGCAGUGUUAGGUGGCUUCUAACGCUUGUUAGUUGGAAGCGUUAGAUAGAUUUUUUAGUUUAAACCUAGAUACUUGUGAGGUGUACCUGAUUCAUGGAGUAACCUUUUAGCAUUUGAGAGGAAGAAUGUAAGACUAAGUAAACGUACUUAUGUUCUAGGUCUUUAACGAUGGACAAGAGUUGGAUGAAACUUAAGAAUAAAUUUUCGGUUAAGUAUAAAGGAGUUUUUCAAUUUUUAGAGGUUGCGAAGUAUCGCAUAAAUGAGUACGAACGGACAAAGAUUAGAAUAUAUUUCAAAUAUCACGAAAUAUAGUUUUUCAAUUUCAAUUUUCAAUUAUUAACGAUUAGAAUAUCCCCCUCCUACACAAAUUGGGUGUAUCAUGGAGUGCAAGAGACGAAAAAUAUAUUUCAGAAUUUAUUAAACCAAACCUUGGCUAUUAUGAAUAUUCAUCCUUAAACUUUUUUGUUUCGUUGAUGUAUGUGAGGGUUCUCAACGGUUAGAGCAACAGGUCCUUCGACAUGUUGUUAGAGAUAUUAAAAUGUGCGUUUCCAAUGUGUAGUACGAAUAUCCCUAGCUCAUUCUAUGAAUCCAAACAAAAAUUGUGUGACUUGGGCCUAAGAUACGAGACUAUUCAUGCUUGUAAAUAUGACUUAGUAUUGGAAGAAUUUUGGAGAUUUGCAAUAUUGUCCAACUUGUGGUAAGUCUCGGUACAAGGUUAGUCAUAAAAAAUAAGUUCUUAAUUUUCAAAGUUCACUUCAUAUCUACGGAACAUUCGUUUGGGAUUAGUUUCUGGUCGGUUUAAUCUGAUUGAGCAUAUGAGUACCUCGUAUAGUAUGUGUCAUGUAGUGUUAAUUCCUUACAAUUUUCCACCUUAAAAAUGCAUGAAAGAGUCGAACUUCUUCAUGUCAUUGCCAAUACCUGGUCCAAGAUCUCCUAGUAGGAAAAUUGAUGUUACCUCGAACCAGGCACAUCGGUCUUUUACACCAACGACCCAAACAAUGGUGUCAAUUGGAAAGUUCUUCAAGUGACCCAAAAUAAACGUAUAUGGGAUGUUGAGGAUCAACAACUGAAUGUACUCGAAAUCGUUGUCGGACAUUGUGUGGAUGAACACAUUGAGGAUGACACCUUGUGUAGGCUCGACGUUGAUCUUAUAGUGGUGGAAAAAUCGAUUGUGCACAUGAUGUCGUUGUGCACUUCAUAAAUGAUGAUGAUGAACACUUAUCCGUUCAAAGCAGAUCAAGUGAUGACAAAUAAUAAUGACAAAUCACGUAUUCACAUAUAUUUCAAUUUUUUAUAUAUUCACUUUCGAAUACUCUCAUAUGUUUAAUUAAUUUUGAUUUAUACGCCCAUAGAUACUAUGUCAUUCUCUGCCAGUUUCGAUGAGAGUGAUGCUCUUUUUUAUUUCAACGUCAACAAGUUCAAUGACGCAAGAGGCACGUCAUCAGUGGGCGACACGUCAGAUGGCUCUCAACCUACUGCUCGCACUCCUAGAAGACGAGAGCACUCGAGGAACUUGAAGUUGGAUAGAUACGUGCAGCAAAAUGGGAAGAUCCCCAUAUCCAUCGUUCCAAGAAAAGAUAAACCGAUCUCCCCACAUGCCAUUAUCUUCAGUUGUACCAUUGUCGAGUUAACGCGGGAUACUUUUCCAGGUCACGCUCUUAAGUGGACUGGCACUACUCCGGAGUACAUCAAGCUUGUGAAGGACAGUUUACAGCAAUGGUUUAUGUUGGAUUUCACAGAUCCAACACUUACUCGAUUUGUUGAGUAUCAAAUGCGUACCUGGAAGGAGUUCAAGGGGCAGAACCACCGCCAUUUUAAGAAGUUCAGUGAUCCUGAACAAGCACGUGCCAACCCACCCUCCAUAUUGAAGAAUCGUGUGGAAGAUUGGCACUUCCUCUGCGAUCACUACCUUACUUGACAGUUUCAAGUGAUUUAAAACUUUUAAUGUUCUCAAACGGUAGUUCAUUUUUUGUUUUUUGUAUUUAACAUUUUGAUUGUUUCAUGUAGAAGUAAUCAAUGAUGAACAGGGUUGCUGGAGUGAAGCAAUCUGACAACCACAGUAGUGGCUCUAAGUCGUUUCUACAACAACAACAUGAGCUCGCUGAACAACGAGGUCAUUCAGUUGAUCGUGUGGAGUUGUUCAAAGAAACACAUGCUCAGGGUGGCCAGUUCGUUUCACAGGUGGUUGUGAAUGCUCAUAAUCAAAUGUUGGAACAUCAAUCCCACCCUAACCCAAAGAGUUCUCAACCACUAUAUGGGGACGAGAUAUGCGAGACAGUCUUGGGUAGACGAGCGGGCUACUCAAAAGAUCUUGGUUGGGACCCCAAGCCAAAUUCUUGAAACAUUGUUGGUAGUUCUUCGUCUAAAUCAUAUGAGCAAGAGAUGUACACUAGGGAGGUUACCAAGCUAAAAGCUCGUCUUGAGGAAGUGACAGACUUGCAUGCACGAGCAAUACAAGAAAACAACCAUGAAGAAAAUGCCCAACAGAUGGAAGAAAUGAGGACAAUGAUGGGAGAACUCACUCGAGCACUUGUGCGGUUUUGAGGCAUGGGGGAACUGUCAUCUAUGACGCUUAGAAUUAUGUUUUAGUUUUUAUUAUUCAUGUAAUUUUUGAACCUACAAACGUGCACUUUUUUAAUAUUUGGAUUAAUUUUAAUUAAAUUUGAUUUGGAAGUUUAAUAAAUUUUUAUUAAUUUUA